UGCUGCUUCUGCUCGGUGCUUCUGCUUUCUCUGGCUCCUCGCAGCAGAGCCGGCUGCCUCUGGCCCCGAGGAUGAUGCUGAAGCCCAAAGCCGUGGCCCGGAGGAGGAGGAGGACUGGCAACAUCGUGGGCAGCAGAAGCAGCAGCAGCAGCGGAGGGCAGCCGGGAGCCCCUCGGGGUCUCUCCUCCUCGCAGCAGCAGCAGGGCUGAAGGCAGGCAGGCAGCAGGCAGGGAGACGCCUCGCUCGCUCGCUCUCUCUUGCAGCAGAGGAGGAGGAAGCCGAAGGGACGACAGCCCUGCCAGAUGGAGCCUUUAUGCCAUCCCUGGUUUGGAGAUUAGGAGGGCUUUUGGAGGACAUACAGUUGCAUUGACUGGACCAGGACAUGAGUGGCCUCUGCUGGACCCACAGCAAGAAGGGCAAGGUCUCUUGCUGGCGUUGUAUUCAUCCAACCGGCCAUGCUUGCUCACCAUGUUGGAAACCAGGGAUGAGGAGGGUCUAAUAUGGAGCUAUGCAAGCAAGUGAGGAGUUGGGCAACUGGAGACACCUUCCUUGGCUUUCUUCUUGCAACGCUUCUCCCCAGGACCGUUUUCUUUCAACACAAACACCCAGUUGGCCGCCACCAGUUCCUUCUUACCUUGCUGGGAAGCCACUUUUGACUCCAAAAAGGCAACGGACGGACACUUCCUAGAAUGUUGGCCUUGACGAUGCGUUGGACCUCGUUGCCAAGACCUUGCUGCCUCUGGCCAGUUGGCCUCCGCCAGCCAGAAUGCCCGGCCUUCAUAGGAUCCUGGGGAAACGCCACUCCGGUUUUGACCAGCUUUCAUCCGUUAUGGAAGGCCAAACAUCUUGGUGGCGCUCUCACCCUGAGAUCUCACUGUUGCCUUGGACCUCCUCCUUCCAUGUGAGAAUGGGGUCCGUGUUGAGGUGCUCCUGAGGAGACCGGGAACACCGGCAGCGGAUGAUGAGCGCUGUCAAUGGGGGCAGCCUCGUUGUCGGUCUCCCCACGGUCUCCGUCACCCUGGAUUUCAGCAGCCUGAUGGCUUGGCAGCUGACCCCAAAUUGGACUUUGAACCUCAGCUCGCCCACAUCGGAUCCUUUCAAUGCCUCUGUCGGAGUGGAGGUCUCUCGGACGUCCCUCGGUGAGAAGAACUGGCCGGCCCUCCUCAUCCUCAUCAUCAUCCUGCUGACCAUCGGAGGCAACAUUUUGGUCAUCAUGGCUGUCUCCUUGGAGAAGAAGCUCCAAAAUGCCACCAACUACUUCCUGAUGUCCUUGGCAGUGGCAGAUAUGUUGGUGGGCAUCCUCGUCAUGCCAGUUUCCCUCAUCACCAUCCUUUACGAUUAUGCUUGGCCCUUGCCUAAACAAUUGUGUCCCAUCUGGAUCUCCCUAGAUGUGCUCUUCUCCACCGCCUCCAUCAUGCACCUCUGCGCCAUUUCACUCGACCGCUAUGUCGCCAUCCGCAACCCCAUUGAGCACAGCCGCUUCAACUCCCGGACCAAGGCCAUGAUGAAGAUCGCGGCCGUUUGGACUAUCUCAAUCGGGAUCUCCCUGCCCAUCCCAGUCAUUGGCUUGCAGGACGAUUCCCGGGUCUUCGUGAACGGGAGCUGCGUCCUCAACGACGAGAACUUUGUCCUGAUCGGUUCCUUCGUGGCCUUCUUCAUCCCUCUGGUCAUUAUGGUGUUUGCCUACUGCCUGACCAUCCAGGUCUUGCAAAAACAAGCCUCGGUGUUCCUCUACGGAGAGACUCCCAAGCAGCGGAGGAGCAGCAUGAACUGCCUGAAGAAGGAGAACAACACUGAGAACCUCUCCAUGCUCCAGAACCACGAGGCGGCCUCCCACUUGAACUCUCCCACCAACAAAGAAGGGGUCCUCUUCCGGAAGGGCACCAUGCAGUCCAUCAACAACGAGCGGAGAGCCUCCAAGGUCUUGGGCAUUGUCUUCUUUUUGUUCCUCGUCAUGUGGUGCCCGUUCUUCAUCACCAACAUCAUGUCUGUCCUCUGCAAGGAGGCGUGCGAUGAGGCUCUCCUCGGCGAGCUUCUGGACGUCUUCGUUUGGGUUGGGUACAUCUGUUCGGGGGUCAACCCCUUGGUCUACACCCUCUUCAACAAAAUCUACCGCAGGGCUUUCUCUAACUAUAUCCGCUGCCGCUACGACAGUGGGAAAAAGUCGGCACAGCGGCACAACCAGUGUGCCAACGUCUCGACAACGGCGCUGUAUGGGAAAGACCUCCAUUUGAACAGUUACCGCAAUGGGAACGAACUCAACAGCAUGGAGUUGGAUGAGACAGAGGAUGCCCUAGAAAUGCACGUUGGGACUUCGGAGCUCUCCAUAAACAGCUGCAGUGGCGAGAAAACCAGUAGCGUGUAAAGAAACCCAAACCAACAAACAUAAAACACAAACACAAACAAACCCACAUUCUGGGUUUCACUGUGGUGCAGCUAACCAACCAUGUUAUGUGCUAGUCAAAGAAUGAUGUAAAUAAUGCAUUUGGAACAAAGAUGUCUUUCUUUUUUCUUUUCCCCUUUCCUUUAAUUUAAUUUACAUUUUCAUAUUUGUAACUCAUUGCUUUUCCCCAUCAUUCCUCAAACAGAGUCUGUUGGAUGCAGAGCAGCUGGAAGGAAGCUCUGUAGAAAAAGCGGAUCCCAAUGACAUCCAUUAGUUUGCUUACAAAACAUUUUUCUUUCCCUUUUCCUUUUGGUGCAUGAACAAAAUGCUAUUAAUCUCAGGUGGUUUUCUUUUUCUAAAAAAAGUCCUUAAUGGUGAAUUAUGGGGUAGCCUCAUGUCAAAUAAAGGGAGAUGACU